AUGCCGCCCAUUACGCCCUCGCGCGUCGCCGUCUUGGUGCUCUCCCUAUCGCUCAUGAGCUUCCUCUGGACCUUUGGCCUCCCGCACCAGCUCGCGUCGCCCUCGCUGCCCAUCAUCAGUCACGACCCUCCAAAGGGCAAACCGCUCACAGAGCCGCUGAUCCCGCAGCCCCUCAUUGAAAGCACCACGCAGAGCACACAAGAGACUAUACCCACCCCGAGGCCUGCGCUUUCAUCGCAUGCGGAGCAGCCCGCCAGAGUCGAUUCCACAACGCCGCCUGUGAGCGGAGAGGGUGGCAAAGGCAGACCAGGAGAUGGCCAGGGGCAGCAAGAGGGCAGUGUGCUGCCCAAAGAGACCGCAGCGCCCGUCCCAUCCGGAAGCAACGGAACCGCUGCGAGCGCCUCGCCUUCGCCCACGCCCGUUGGCUCGACCAAGUUUUGCAAGGACGUUCAUGGCGCGCCGAACGUCAUGGUUAUUGUAAAGACCAGCAAGGCAGAAAUCUCCGAGAAGAUCCCCAACCAACUCCUCACACUGCUCUCAUGCGUCCCCAACUUCGCCAUCUUCAGCGACCACGCAGGCACAAUCGACGGCUUCACGGUGCACGACGCGCUCGACUCCGUCUCGAAUACUAGCAGAACGCUGAACGACGAGUUCCGCGAGUAUGACAAGAUACAAGCGGACCCAGAGUACAAACCGGAUGCCGGCAAGACCAAGGCGCUAGACAAGUGGAAGUUCUUGCCCAUGGUAUACAAGGCGUACAAGAUGCGGCCCCACCAGAAGUUUUACAUCUUCAUCGAGGCAGAUACCAGCUUGAGCUGGACCAAUCUGCUGCAGUGGAUGGAUAGACUGGACUACCGCAUCCCGUAUUACAGCGGCGCGCCCAUGUUCCAGGGCUCUACGAAAUACGCGCAGCGAGGUCCGGGCAUCCUGCUCUCCAAUGGCGCUCUCCGGCAGUAUGCGAAAUCGUACAACGAGCGCUAUGUCUCAGAGUGGGAGUCGCAAGUAGGAAAGGAAUGUUGUGGCGAUAUGGUUCUAGCGAAUGCGAUGACCGAGUCGCACGUCGAGUUCUACUCCGCCUUUCCCCUCCUACAGGGCGAGACACCGAGCACACUUGACUGGACGAAGCGACAUUGGUGCGCGCCCAUUGUCUCGUGGCACCACAUGACGGCCGACGAGAUCGAUCUGCUGUGGGGCUUCCAGCGGAACUGGACCCACAAGUAUGGCUGGGAAGUGCCGUACCUUAUCCGGAACGCUUUCGAGGAGUUUAUAUCGCCGCAUUUGGAAGAGAAGAAAGAGGAUUGGGAUAAUAUAUCAUCGGACACCAAAAUCGUGGCAGAACAGGGUAGAAGAGAGCGUCUGGCCAAGGAAAAGGCGGAGCAAGAGGCCAAGACAAAAGAUGCGCCAGCGCCCACUUCGAAGCCUGAGCCACCAAGCUCCCGACUACGAAGACGUGCAAAAGCCCAAGGCGACAAGUACCUGAGGAGAGACACCAUCGACUGGGACAAGAUUGGCGAAACGAUCAAGGACGCCGCCGACAGUGCCGAGCACUGCCAAUCGGUCUGCAAGAGAACAGAAGACUGUGUGCAAUGGAAGUACACGCCCAAGGGCGAUGGCGAGUGUCAUCUUGGCAAGACGAUGCGCCUGGGCAGGAAGUUUGAAAAGAGAGAGGGACGAGACAGCUGGACAAGCGGAUGGAUGGUUGAUCGCAUCAAGAAGGUGACGGAGGAAUGGGGCCAAUGCGAGAAGCCAAGUUGGCGGUUUAACCAGUGAAUGGACAUGGAGUAAAGGCGACGGGCUCGAGUUUUCCAGCAUUGUGGGGUCUUUUUGCAGGGAGUUCUGGAGUUAGGGGCUCGUACAUGGGCUUUAGACUUUUUCCUGUGAACAUUUUUGGGCUGGAUGCGAAGAGUACAGCGAGGCAGGGGGGAGUUGGCUUGUAUGUAUACCCCUGUUGUAUGUAGCAUAUGAUGAAUGCAUGGGAAUGGAUAUUUUUACAGUUUAC